AUGUGUGUUAAUUUGCCCCACAGUUGCCGGAUCUCCUGCAAGUGUAGCGCUGUUUUUUUUAGAUGGAGGGUCGCGUAUUUGUCUAUGAUGAAGCCCCAGUGAAUUCAACUGGUGUUGAUUAAAAACCAGCCAAAUUGCAUAAAAAAGACUACGUGUCAAACAUCAAGCUGGAGUCGGGGCUCCGGAGCUCCGGGUGGCCGUAAGGAGCUGCGUUUAUCAUGCGGCGCGAUUAAAGCUUAUAAUGAUGGCCCGGAGAGCAGUGUUACAAGACCGCACCUGGUUUAAUGAAGUCGAAUUGGCCGCAAGCACCCCCAGAUAGAGGCUGUCUUUUAAGCAUCGCCAAGUUUUUAGAAUGUACCUUGUAUGGCGCACCCCCUCAUAGAAACUCCUCCACCAGCGGUUCGUUACUCAGAGAUGCUCCACCGAGCCCGGGUUUUCUUGUGCUUUUUUAUCUAUCCCCCGCCUCUGGCUUUUUCAUUAUGAUUAAUUAUUGGUCAACAUGCAGUUUGUCACCGCCUGUUAUACCCUACACAGACGUGCCGUUAUUGAUCACAGACUGGUAACAACGCUUGGGCACUAUUAUUUAAAUAACACGCACCAUGAAUGUAGGUGUGGCCCACAGCGAGGUGAACCCCAAUACACGUGUGAUGAACAGCCGGGGCAUCUGGCUGACGUAUGCGCUGGGUGUGGGGCUCCUUCACGUCGUGCUCCUCAGCAUCCCGUUCUUCAGCGUUCCUGUCGUCUGGACCCUGACUAAUGUUAUCCACAACUUGGGGAUGUAUGUGUUCCUGCAUGCUGUCAAGGGUACACCCUUUGAGACUCCUGAUCAGGGGAAAGCCAGGCUUCUCACACACUGGGAGCAGCUGGACUAUGGUGUACAGUUCACCUCUUCCAGGAAGUUCUUCACAAUCUCACCAAUCAUUCUCUUCCCUCCUGAGUGUGCUCAUCCCCAAGCUGCCACAGCUCCAUGGUGUCCGAAUCCUAGGGAUCAACAAGUAUUAAAGAAGCUGCCCAAUAGAGGGCGCAGUGAAGCCAUAUUUGGGCCAUGCAAGCUGAUAUCCCGCUGUGCUUUGUAUGUCACAGAAUGGGUAACUGACGUGUUGAUGGGUUAGGUGCUUCCUCUGAAGCUGCACAGGAUGGAUGCUGGCAGAGAUGAACAGUGUGUGCGUUACUAACUAACGUAUUUAAUGUUGUCACAGACCUGGGCAGGCCCAGAUCUUAAACUGGUCGUUUUUCCCUUGACAUAUGUGAUAAUGAUUUGUUAUUAUCUCUUAUUUUCCACAUUUAGUGUUGCACAGUCCUUUAUGGUCCUUUUAUUUUCAUCUUUUAUAAACGUUUUCAGGAGAGAAAUAAAAUUCCAGAUGCGUUUUUCACACAUUAUUUGUUCAUCAGAGCAGGGUGCCAUGAUUCUUAGACUCCGGUUGCUCUGAAGCAACGGGGGAAUGAUGUAGGAAACACUGAGACUAAUGUUGCAUGGUUUCCUCAGAUCUGAAAAAGAACCCUUUGGGUUUGGACUUUUUUAUAUGUAGUACUCUACAGAGGCAAAGAAAUAAUGGUUUAGGUUAGCUUGGCUACACUUCUGUGUUUUUUUUUUUUUUUUUUUUUUUUUAAAGGAAUUACUUUAUGCCGUGUUUGUGUUUAUGCUUAUUUGGCUGUUGUUUUUAUAGAUUAUACUUUUACUGAGGCCACAUUGCCUCUGCUUGUUUGUAGUGUCGGUACUCUGUCAGUGCCUAAGAUAAUAAACAAAAAUGUGCCCUUUAA